AUGGAGUGCCCAGAAGAAGCGAACGUUUCUGCUGAUUCAGCAGAAGCGGAGGGUGAUUUGGAGGUCGAUGAAAACCUAAAACGUCUCGCCCAUGAGAUGAUCCUGUUUGUGUACGAGCGUCUGGCGAUCGACGGGGACGCUUGGACUUUGGAUUUCUGGGAAUCGUUCCGCCUCACGCAAGAUGACCUUUCGAUGUCCGCCAAGGAACUGCGAACCUUUUUCUACCAUGACAUUACGCAAAAUCCGCAGUACUUAGAAAACCUGCGAUACGACAUUCUGUCGUACAUCAAUCCCAUGUUCAACUGCUACCGAAAGGACGUUCUGCAGCGGGUCGAUUGUAGCGAGACGAUCGAUUUCGUGAAAGACGGGCCGCCUUUGCCACCCGCCGGAUCCACUGGCUUGCCACCGAUUAAGCUGCAAACCAAACCGGCUGCCGGAGGCGCUGGUCUGGAGCAGUUAUCGGCCCCACUGGCGCAACCAUCUACGCCAACCGCCAAUCAGACGUCGCGCUUUAUUUCGGAACAUGUAAGCGAAGCCCUAUGGACGGAAGAUGAAAAGCUAUCGAAACCGAUAUUACCGAUAGCCGAAUGUAUGUCACGCAUUGCCGUUCUGACAAAAAACGGCAUCCCGUUGGCUGAAUGCUUCAAGCCCGGUAUGAAGUGGUACGAGCGUUUCCGUCUCCGCGGUUUGGCCCAAUCAACAGAAAACGUGCCGCCAUCACAAUCUGCCGAAAGUUUGUCGGUCAGCUACGAUACGCCCCUAGCACAUUCGACGGCCCUGGUUGGGAAAAAAGGUCCCGUUCGUGCAGGCUUAACCCCGACGAAAAAGGACAGCGCAAGCUCUGGUGUGGCUAGCUUCAAGACCCCACUGACCACUUCAACGCCUCAUCUGCCCAGACCGCCGAUGGCCCAAAACAACCGUACAAAAACACGAGCUGAUGAUGGUCAACAACCGUGCUGUAGUUACCGCUCGGUGAAAAAGUGA